AUGAAUUUAUCACUACUAGACCCCUUUGCUUUGGCACAGGAAUUUCCAGAUACACAAGCUACAACCCUACAUUUAGGACAUGCGACAUGUCUUAAGUUUAGUCCGAAUGGUGAUUACCUUGCUUCUGGUCUGAUAAAUGGAAGCAUUGCAAUUUUUGAUCUCGAUACCAACGGCGUGCUAACAGUUUUGCAAGGCCACAGCCGGCAGAUUGAAUCACUAUCGUGGUCACACACCAAUAGAUAUCUCUUGUCUGCAGGCAGAGAUUGGAAAUGUAUUAUAUGGGAUCUGGGAGUACGAGGCAACGUGAGUGCAAUACAGAAGAUAAAAGUUGUUGUCAAUUUAGGUGCACCUGUAUGGAUGGCACAGUUUCAUCCGAAAAACGAUAAUUUGUUUGUAGCAUCCCUACUCGACAAAAAUGCAGUAUUUGUUGAUAUUUCACAGAAGAAUAUCGGAGGAGAUGUUAUUCCACAUAUUUUGGAUUUAAAUUCAUCCAUUAAACAGCAAGAGCCAGAACAAGAGCCAGAGCCAGAGCUAGAGCGAGAGCCAGAAGAAGAGCAAGAGCCGGGACCCGGGCCGGAACCUGAACCAGAAGAAGAUACCAAGAAAAGGAAAGGCAAAAGGAAACGAACGAAGAAGGGGAAAGGAUCAUCAUCCAAGAAAAAGACAGGUAGUGUAAAGCAAGAUGUGCUAACAGCAAUGUUUUCGCCUAGUGGCGAGUACAUUAUUACAGGAACAUCACGAGGAAGCAUUAAUAUUAUAAGAACCGGUAGUCCUGAAGUGAUGUAUUCAAAAAGCAUUUCAACAAGCAAAAUCAAGUCGAUGGCACUGUCACCUUCUGGCCGGCUGAUGGUUGUGAAUUCAUCAGAUCGGGUUAUUCGCCUACUAGCGAUGCCAGAUAUGCGAUAUCCCCCUCCAGAUCAAAACGGAAAUCACAAAAAUAACGAGAGCGGGGAGGGCUUUAGUAAGGACAAUGAUGAUGGACAGGAGUUUGCCAAUAUCCAGGAAUGGGAUAUUAAGACACAACACAAGUUCCAGGAUGUGGUGAAUCGGCUGCAAUGGAACUCGGUUGCAAUUGCGCCAUCUGCUGAAUACAUUAUUGCAUCGACAUUUGAAGAUGCACAAGAUAUUUACAUGUGGGACACGAGUACUGGGUCUCUGGUAAAGAUUUACAACGGCCCAAAAGAGGAGCUUGUAGAAAUUGCAUGGCACCCCACGAGACCACUUAUUGCGGCGACCGGGUUAGAGAGUGGCCGGAUCCACACAUGGACGUCUGUGCCGCCUCAGCGAUGGAGUGCGCUUGCACCGGAUUUCAUUGAAGUAGAUGAGAAUGUGGUUUACGACGAAGCAGAAGAUGAGUUUGACCGGUUGUAUGAAGAUAUAGAUGCUGGAGAAGAGCAGGACGAGGAAGACGAAAGCGUGGACGUGUUUGGCGGGCUGGGCACGAUUCCCGGGGUCGCUGAAAGUACAAUGUUUGUCAUCCCGGUUUCUAUGGAGUUUGAAGAUGAUGAGAAGCCUGUGUCUGAGGAUGAUUAA